AUGGACGGAUCAUAUCGCCUAGCUAGACCUGAAGGUAUGGCCAGGCAGAAACCAUGUCUGACGAAGCUCCCAGUGGAGUUACUUUGGGACAUCGCCAGCUAUAUGAGUAUUCGCGAGGUGAGCUUUUUCAUGAGGACGAAUAAGAAGUUCAGCGAGACUCUGUACCCACAGAUCAUCAAGCAAGCAAUUCAAGAAGACGACAAAAUACAUAAAUCUACAGUAAACCUUAGGUCUGCUGCAAUGAAAGACAACUUGGGUGUAUUUGAAGAAAUCCUCGCACAAACGAAAGCGGCGCUUCUUACGGACAAUUCAAUCAAAGGCGGGGAAUAUGACCAGGACGACCCCGUAUAUAAAACUAACACAGUGCACGAGGCAACCAUUUUCUACAAGCCAAUAUAUCUGCAGAAAAUUUUGGCAAAAGGGGUAGACGUGAAUGUCCUAGAUGAAAGAGACUUGUCCGCAGGGAACACUGCAAUCCAACUAGCGGCCAAAUAUAACCGUUUGGAGAACAUGAAAGUUUUGAUUGAUUUUGGCGCAAAUGUUAACGAUCAAGUCAACGGAAACCACCAAGUACCCAAUUGGACUCCCCUACAUCGAGCGACGGCGCGCCGUAAUUUUGAAAUGGUCAAGUUUCUUAUCAGUGCAGGCGCAGACACAAGCGUUAGAAUGGGCUCUAACCUCGAUACCACUAUUCUGAUUCGUGCCCUGAAAUGGACGAAGGGGUUGCAAUUGAUUCUUGGAAUGCACAAAUUCGAGGAACCCGUGCUCACCGACGCUCUCACACAUGCAGUUCGGGAUAUGACAGACUUUUACCAUCCCGCAGUGUGUCUGAUAAAGGCUGGAGGCAUUCCACAUUACCAACUUUUAUGCAUCGCGUGCAAGAGGGAGUCUAUGCCUACUUUUCAGAGUGUAGAGUUAAUAGCAAAAUAUGCCACAGCAGAUGAUCGCGACGAAGGGAAUUUAACGGCCCUCCAUGAAGUUAUGCAUGGCAACAUUGCACAUGUUGUGGCACGGACGAUACCGGAUAUAGUCAAUGCUGAAGGACGACAUGGCUAUACCCCUCUGCAAUACUUAUAUGGUGUGUAUUGGCCUUCCCAGCUGCGUGAAGUCGCAGCAGACCCAUGCCUGCAACAACGUCGAUCCGACAUUGCUUUGGCCUUGAUUCAAAAAGGCGCUCGGCUAGACUUUGUAUUGGGGCCGUACAAGCGCAAUGUUAUCUUUUUUGCCUGUGAUAUGGGCCAUGAUCUGGUUGUUGAGUACCUAUUGGACAAAGACGAAAUGCUAGCUGAAUCUAGGGAUACUUUAGGCAAUACUCCAUUGCACAUGGCCGCUUCUUCUUGGGAUGACAACACAUUGGAUUGCAUGGGGAGGCUUCUAGAGGCAGGCGCCGAUGUCCACGCCCAGAAUGACCAAGGGCAAACAGCAUUGCAUUGCACUUCGAGUCCCAUCCUAAACCCACAUGCGCCUCCGAGAACGUAUUUGGACGUCGACUAUACCUGUGAGAAAGUGGUUGCGCUUACCGACUCAUAUGCCGACAUCUUCUUACGUGGUACGCGAGACUGGAGUCUCACCCCGAGGACCCCCCUGGUGGAGGCGAUUUUCACUUCGAAUAUUGUAUCCGCUGAGGUGCUCGUUAAGAAGGCAACCUUGCUGCUUCCACAGAGCAAACAAUCUCAAAAUAAUAUCCCUGACAAGAGGGAAAUUCGAAAAUACUUGACCGAAGCACUCCAUGCUUCCGUGGAAAAUGGAUAUAUGGACUUUUUUAACCGGAUGUUACAAUCAGAUACAGAAUGUUCCCUUGAGGAUCUUGCACCUAAUGGUGACAAUAUCUUCCAUUGCCUUGCUCGUGGGGCCAUUGCCAACCUCUCUAUUGCCCUGGCGAUGGUGGUAGGUUGGCGGAUUCUCGGUUACAAAAUGCCGCCAGACUGGGACUACCCGUUCCAAGGGACUGACUACACUGCGCAAGGCCGGCCCCAACGGCAUUUCCACUAUCUCGCUGAUCAAAUUUGCCAGGAGACCAAGUUGCUGCCGCUUGCGCUCGAGAAAAAUGCCGCCGGCUACUCGGCCUUUGACCUGUAUAAACAGGCGUUCCCCACGGUGAACUGGGAGGCCAUAUUGGAAAAAGUGCAGACUAGCUUGAGCAAGGGCGUGGAUGUGUUCAUGCCCAAUAACCCGUAUCAGAAUACUGUGGAUUUGACGGAAGAUUACGACAUGUGGACCAGGGAUGGUUUGUAG